AGACGUCUGAAGUUUAUAACCUGAUCUUGUGUCAUAUAUUUCAAAGUUGAUGUUUUGUUUGUUUCAAACAACAGGCAAGGCCAAAAAAUUUGAAAAUCUCUCAAAAAUAACAGCAUUUUGGCCCUCUUGGCAAUGGUUGGGAAUUGAUCAGAUAUGAUUGCUUCCCAUUUGACUGACCAUCUAUGACUGUCGCUUGUGGGUGGAUGUAGAAAAUAUUUUCCAUAGCAGCUGAUUUGAACCUGACAACUAAAGAAAAGCAACAUUUGCACAAGAAUUUAACAGUGGCCUUGGACAGAUAACAAUGAACCAUUAUUACAUUGCUUUUAUGUGCACUGUGCUUGGCACUGAAUUACUAAGGAGCUUUGGUACCCCUGUCAAAUCCCCAAGGUUCAGAGGUCGGGUGCAGCAUGAACGAAAAAAUAUUAGGCCAAAUAUUAUACUUGUGCUUACAGAUGACCAGGAUGUGGAGCUUGGGUCCUUGCAAGUGAUGAAUAAAACCAGGAAGAUAAUGGAGAAUGGAGGUGCCAGUUUUGUUAAUGCAUUUGUAACCACUCCGAUGUGCUGUCCAUCUCGGUCCUCGAUGUUGACAGGAAAAUAUGUUCACAAUCACAAUGUUUAUACUAACAAUGAGAAUUGCUCUUCUCCGUCCUGGCAAGCAACACAUGAGCCACGCACCUUUGCUGUGUAUCUCAACAAUACUGGAUAUAGAACUGCUUUUUUUGGAAAAUACCUCAAUGAAUACAAUGGCAGCUAUAUCCCCCCUGGCUGGCGAGAGUGGGUUGGAUUAAUAAAAAAUUCUCGUUUCUAUAAUUACACUGUUUGUCGCAAUGGCCUUAAAGAGAAGCAUGGAUUUGAAUAUGCAAAGGACUAUUUUACAGAUUUAAUCACUAAUGACAGUAUCAGUUAUUUCAAAAUGUCUAAGAGGACAUAUCCCCAUAGACCUAUAAUGAUGGUGAUCAGCCAUGCAGCUCCCCAUGGCCCAGAAGACUCUGCACCACAAUUCUCUGAGCUGUAUGCAAACGCUUCUCAGCACAUAACUCCUAGUUACAACUAUGCACCCAAUAUGGAUAAGCAUUGGAUCAUGCAGUAUACAGGGCCUAUGCUUCCCAUCCAUAUGGAAUUUACAAAUAUCUUGCAACGCAAAAGACUUCAAACUCUGCUGUCGGUUGAUGAUUCCAUGGAAAGGUUAUAUCAUAUGCUAGUGGAAACUGGAGAACUGGAGAAUACUUACAUUAUUUACACUGCUGAUCAUGGUUACCAUAUUGGACAGUUUGGACUGGUCAAGGGAAAGUCAAUGCCAUAUGAUUUUGAUAUUCGGGUUCCUUUCUUUAUCCGUGGUCCAAGUAUAGAGCCGGGAUCAGUAGUAUCUCACAUGGUGCUGAAUAUUGACCUUGCUCCAACAGUUUUGGAUAUUGCAGGACUUGAUACACCUCCAGAUAUGGAUGGCAAAUCUAUUCUUAAACUUCUGGACCUUGAAAAACCAGGGAACAGGUUUCGAACAAACAAGAAAACCAAAGUUUGGCGUGAUACAUUUCUUGUGGAAAGAGGCAAAUUUUUGCGUAAGAAGGAGGAAUUGGGCAAAAAUACUCAACAGUCAAAUCAUUUGCCUAAAUAUGAGAGAGUAAAAGAAUUAUGUCAACAAACGCGAUACCAAACAGCUUGUGAGCAACCUGGUCAGAAAUGGCAGUGUAUUGAAGACACGUCUGGAAAACUACGUAUUCACAAAUGCAAAGGAGCCAGUGACAUUCUUGCUGUGAGAAAAAGAACACGGAGCAUACAUUCCCAGGGAUAUAGCAGCAAAGAAAAUGACUGUGAUUGUGGGGAGGCUGAUUACCAGACCAGUCGGGCCCAAAGGAAAAAUCAAAGAGGCUUCAUCAGGACAUCCAGUGUACAAAAAUACAAACCUCGGUUUGUCCAUACUCGCCAAACUCGGUCCUUAUCUGUGGAAUUUGAAGGGGAAAUAUACAGUAUAAAUCUGGAGGAGGAAGAGGAGAAGGAGGAGGAAGAGGAGGAGGUGGUGCACAUUCUUCCGUCCAAAAGCAUUGUUAAGCGGCAUGGAAGUUACAGUGAAGAGGAAGAAGAUGAAGCAGAGGAAGGUCAUCUAGAAGAUGGUGAUGGAAUAAAAGCAAUGCUUGCUGAUGGGACUAACACAGUUGGCCAGCCAGAUUCUGUCAAAGUUACUCAUAAAUGUUUUAUUCUUUCAAAUGACUCUAUUCAUUGUGAAAGGGAGCUAUAUCAUUCAGCCAGAGCUUGGAAAGAUCACAAAGCCUACAUCGACAAGGAGAUUGAAGCGCUCCAGGAUAAAAUUAAAAAUUUAAGAGAAGUAAGAGGACAUCUUAAAAGACGAAAACCAGAUGAAUGUGACUGUGGCAAAAAAAGCUAUUACCACAAAGAAAAGGGGGCAAAGGUUCAAGAAAAGCUUAAGACAAGUCAUCUACAUCCAUUUAAGGAAGCUGCUCAAGAAGUGGAUGGUAAGCUUCAGCUCUUCAAAGAGAAUCGGAGGAGAAAAAAAGAAAGGAAAGGGAAAAAGCGCCAGAAGAAAGGAGAUGAAUGCAGCCUUCCUGGACUCACUUGCUUUACUCAUGACAACAAUCACUGGCAGACUGCACCAUUCUGGAACUUGGGAUCAUUUUGUGCUUGUACAAGCUCCAACAACAACACUUACUGGUGUUUGCGAACAGUAAAUGAAACACACAACUUCCUCUUCUGUGAAUUUGCUACAGGAUUUUUGGAGUAUUUUGAUAUGAAUUCUGAUCCCUAUCAGCUAACAAAUUCGGUACAUACAGUAGAAAGAGGCAUUUUGAACCAGCUACAUCUUCAGCUAAUGGAGCUACGAAGUUGUCAAGGUUAUAAGCAGUGCAAUCCAAGACCUAAGGGACUUGACACAGAGGACACUUAUGGCAUGGAUGGGAAGGCUAAGCUCCCAAAUUUUACAGAAAGCAUCAGCUGGCAAGGACUGGAAGAUUUGUACAGUGUGAAUGAAAGUUUAUAUGAAGCCAGAAACAACUACAGCAUUCAUUCUGAUGACUGGAGAAAUUACUUGAAGGAUGUAGAUAGAAUUUUUGCACUGCUGAACAGGUACUCUAAACAAAAUCAAAGAGCAGAGACUGCCACUGUUAAUACGAGUGGAGACUUGGAUGAUUCAUCCACAUCAUUCUCCUUGCUGGGAAUGAGCUCUGCUGAAAUGGAGGAAGGUUCGAGUGGGUUGACAACCCUAGAGGCUCAACCUAUCAUCCCAACAUAUUAUGGAGACCUGAACUUGAGCACAGUAGUGUCAAGCAAGGAUAGCAGACUUGAAUUAAGCAAUGAUAUUCCUGCAAAAAGGAGUACAAAUGGUCACCAAGCCAUAACAUGGCUGAAGAUUGAAGAGCCAGUUAAUUCAGAAAUGGAUUUUAGUGGGAACGAUUUGACAGAACUGGAAUCCAGACACAGCUUCAUCUUGCAACCAAUCAACAUUAUUCAGAAAGCCUCUACGGCGGACAAAGAUUUUGCACAGGGUGUUUUUGAAGAGCAAGUCUACCUUCCCAUGAAUUCUCCUGCAAAAAUAAUCAGCUGGGAUUUAAAUACAUUUGUUCUGCAACAUAAAACUAAAAUGUUGAGAAAAAGGGAAGGUUUCCAGAAAUCUAGUGUGUUUCUACAUGAAGAAGGCAGUGCUUCAAAUCCACUCCCCUCAAAUUAGGCUAUCAAAAUUCUAGUAGUGUAUAUUUUACAUACACAUUCUUGUCAAUGUGGCUGCAGCUACUAAAAUCUGAGAAUUAAAAGGCACCAUUGUGACUUUUUUUAAGCAGAGCCCUAUUUUUAAAGUAGUGUAAAUGCACCUUCAAAAGAAAUAAGUUCAUUUUUCUGUUUUCAUAACAAAUAUUCUUAACCCAUUAUUGAGUAUUUUUUAUUAAUUUGAACCAUUGAAAUUUCAUAUUGUUAAAGUAGCAAUAGCAGUUAGACUUAUAUACUGCUUCAUAGGGCUUUCAGCCCUCACUAAGCGGUUUACAGAG